GUUUACCUACAAACCGGCUCAGGACAGAGAGAGACGAACAAACAACGUAGUGUUUAGACACAGGUGUGUCCUAGAUCAAGCUUUCUUCACACUCAUCUCUAUUUUACUUUUAACUCAUUCAGAGGAAAUAAGGUGAGAUUGCUAUUGCUGCCCUUAUGCUGACUUAAACUGUCUUUGUCGCUGCAGUGUCAACAUGCCUGAAGGAUUUUUUCCCACCAUCACUGUUAAUGGCGAAGUGCAUAAACAGAUGUUUGGACAGCCGAGGAUUGUCAUACCGCCUAUUGAAGAAACUGAAAGGCGGGGAUCACUGAACAAAGCCAGUCACGCACCCCCUAAAGCCAGGAUGUGUUUCAAUUCCUGCCUUGGAGCCCCCGUUGCGUCCGGCUUUCUAUCGAACCAAAGACCCGUUCUAUCCUACCAGCCCAGUUUGGACCUUGUUGACAACCCUCACUUUGGAGUGUGGCUAGCCGACAAUUUCGUAACUCAAAAUAUGCGGUACUACCAGCGUCCCACCUACUCUGAUGGCUCCACAGCUUUGCCAAGCCUCCUUAACAAACCCAUGACCAGCGGCUUCCAUCAAGUGAGCGCUGUUUGCCACACAGAGCCUAUUGUGGAUCAGACAGAGUACCAAAGAGUGUUUGUGCCCCGUCGCUUACCACCAGUUUCUCGCCACAUGAAUAUGGGUCCAAAACUGGAGACUGGGUGCACCGAAGGAGAAGACCUACAGUACAUCACCUUUCGGGACAAAAAUCAUGCCACUGUGGUUCCGCAUCUGAUCAGAAAAACAGUGAUGACGAACGACUACCUGUCUCCGACGUUUAAGCAGGGAAAAGAACGCUUGCCAGGAAUAUGCAGCUGUUCCUCCAGAGAAACAGGGUAUACAGGUGGUGCCAACACCCUCUUAGUCGACCCACGCCUUCAUCUGCCACCACUGGAAGUGAAAAGUCGUGUACCACUUGUGAAGGCUACUGGAAACAGGGAACCCUCAGGAUUUUGCUUAAAUAUGCCAAAUGAAAUUUUCUCUAAGGGACCUUUGGAUCCGAUACACUUCACUACACAUUAUAAUAACAACUUCCGUCAGAAGGACAGGCACACUUUUUAUACUUCAUCAAUUGUCAACGCAAGCCAAACAAAGGACAAUGGCUACAACAAACGAAAUACAGACAGGUUCAUAUUGAAGCAUUAGAUGUUUUCACUGUGUUUAAAGUCUUCUCAUCUCAAAAAUAAAAUUCAUUAUUUAAGCA